AUGGAAUCACAACCAGCAGAAAGUCGUUCUGACAACAACGACCAUUCUGAUGCACAUGAUCCCGAGCUUGUUCAGCGUCCAACAGAAGAAACAAAGCGGUCGCAGAGGCAUGCCAACGUUUAUGAUGCUGUUGCAGAUGCUGCUGUUCGGGAUGAAAGGACGCCUCAAGCCAACUCAAAACCGCCUAAGCUGACUAGACAUCCCAUCAACGCUUCCGCGUUAGCCCCAGAGGAGGUGCUGUUCCGCCGCAAAUCAGCACCCGAACGCUUUGCCGAGUUCGAUGUCUACAUGGCACAUGACCGGAACCUGGCAGACGGCGGCCGUACAUCCCUGCCAGACUCUGAUCUUCUCAAAUCAGUACACACUUAUGCGAGCUACUUUUACUCUGCUCUUGGCGGCCCCAAGCGCAUUCCUUCAUACCAAGUCGGCGCUCGCAAUAUUGACGAGAGAAGCAUGGACGAGUCGGCGUUACUCGCCUUGGGUAUUCUGCUCGAAGAGGCAGGCAGAGACGUCUUGGGAAGUCAAGGAGACAUGGUUUUCACGGAAGGCCUUGAACUGCCUGCAAACGCCGACGUAACGACUCAAGAGCCACACGCUGCUAAUAACACGCCAACUCAUCCUAUGCAUGGGCAUGCGGGCCGGGAGCUAGCCCUUGUCGGUUUUGCUGACGUUGGUUCAUGGAAAAGAGCUUCGAAAAGACAAAAACUGAGCGAUCCCGAUAAUGUCUAG